UGUCCCCAGUGACUUUGAGGGCUGGCUUAGUGGUGGGUCCUGGGGUGACCUGGCCACAUGGGGCGGAAAGGCCAGUGCCACUCCCUCGAGUGAAGAGCCAAAUGUGGUCUACACUCUGGGCCCCAGCGGGGGGCCUUCUCGGCAGUGGCGCAGAGCCAUUGGAGGUGCCCAGGCCCUGGCGCAGGGGCGGGGCGGGAGUAGACAGGGCUCGGGGCGUCCUCACGGCUUCUCCUGCCCGAGUCAGCCCCAUCUGUGAAAUGGGCCGCUCCGGGCAGCCGCACGCACAGAAGGGCCGGGCCCCGAGACUCGGAAUUCACGAGUCAAAGUCCCCGAGCCGCGCCCACUCGUCCCACCUCUGCAGCAAGUGGAGCCGGCCCCGCCCUGGGGCUUCGCGGCCCGACGCCUGGCGCGGCUCCCAGGCUCCGCUGACCCGGGUGGACCCGCGCGCCCGCAAUUACGGUAGCGUCCGGCAGGGCGCCUACUGCGGGCAAUACGGCGGCUCCUCCUAUGGCGCGGUCACGUCCCCCACGUCCCGCGGCCGGCGGGGCGGGUCCGGGCGGAGCAUCCUCCUGCCCCCCUUCUCCUUCCCCGGUGGGCUCCGCCCAGCCUCCCCCACAAGCGCCGACCCCUGCCCGCCGAGCCCGGAAGCCAGAGCCGUCAGGCAAUCGUCCAGCCCGGUCAGGGGCGCACCGAGGAGGGGCCUUUCCUAGCAAGGGUGGAGCUCUGGGCUCCCCCUCCGCCCCCGCCCCCCUGCCUCCUCCGCGUCCCCCCUCCCCACGGGUCCCCACGACGCCUGCUGGGAGGCCAUGGCGGGGGAGCCUCCUGACCCGAGUUCCCCUCCGGGCUGGGCUUCCGGACACCGGCUUUAGGGUGGAGGGGUGCACGGGAGUCCAGGAAUAGGACGACGUGGCUUCGCGGAGGGGCGGCCUUGAGGGGUCCAUGAGGCCUCCGACGUGGGGGACGGCGGCUCUGGACCAGCUCUGGCUCCCACCGCCUCCCGGCCCCAGGGCGGUGACCUCAGCUUGCAGAGAAGCGGGUUCCAAGCUCUGAGACCCCGCAGUGGCAGCUCAGGGAUGAAGCCUGCUGUGGCGCAGGCAGCCUCCAUUUUCCACGUGGGACUUGUGCCCAGCAACCCUUGGGGCACCAGUUGGGGGGCUCCUGGUCCUGGGUGGAAGUGGCCAAUCUGCAAAUGAGGCCUGUGUGUCUGCCCCACCGGGCCCUGCCGUGAUGAUGUGAGUGGACACGGUGUCGGCACAGGCAUGCGCGCGAGUCUGAGACGGGGUACAGGGCUCAGGCCUGGGCAGCCCCUUGUCCAGCGUCCACUCCCUGACACCCCGGCCCCCAACACCUUUGCAGAUGGCUGGGCCUGAGCUGCAGGGAGGGGCUGGUGCUCCUUCCUGGUUUGCACAAGGGGAAGAACAACUCAGGGAGGCCCCUCCCUGGGUGCAGCGCCCUCCUGCCCUCCUGGAACCCCUUGCCAACCCCAAGCUAACCAAAGGGUGGGGGAGGGGGCUGCUUCCUUGGUCCUGGGCAGCUCCCAGGGAUCCAGGAAGGAAAGAAAUUGCCCUAUUCCUGCCCCGCCUCCUGCCUGGGCCACAAAGGCAGGGCCAAGGCCCAUCCUUCAAAGGCUGGAGUCAGUUAGGUAACAGGCCACUGCCCAGGGGCUCAGGCCACUGUACAGACCCAGACAACGGGCUGACAGUCCAGCGGAGGCCUCAGCGAGGUGGUGGUGCUGCUCGACCUGAGGACCUAAGCGGGGGAGGGGUCUGCAGGUCCAGGGUGCCCAGUGCUCCCAAGGAGGUGAGGCGGAACCAGCCCUCCUGGCCAUGGGAGGGGCUGUGGUGGACGACGGCCCGACGGGCGUCAAGGCCCCCGACGGCGGCUGGGGCUGGGCCGUGCUCUUCGGCUGCUUUGUCAUCACCGGCUUCUCCUACGCCUUCCCCAAGGCCGUCAGUGUCUUCUUCAAGGGGCUAAUGCAGGAGUUUGGGAUCGGCUACAGCGACACAGCCUGGAUCUCCUCCAUCCUGCUGGCCAUGCUCUACGGGACAGGCCCGCUCUGCAGCGUGUGUGUGAACCGCUUUGGCUGCCGGCCCGUCAUGCUUGUGGGGGGCCUCUUCGCGUCCCUGGGCAUGGUGGCUGCGUCCUUCUGCAGGAGCAUCAUCCAGGUCUACCUCACCACUGGGGUCAUCACUGGGUUGGGUUUGGCGCUCAACUUCCAGCCCUCGCUCAUCAUGCUGAACCGCUACUUCAGCAAGCGGCGCCCCAUGGCUAACGGGCUGGCGGCGGCAGGCAGCCCCGUCUUCCUGUGCGCCCUGAGCCCGCUGGGGCAGCUGCUGCAGGACCACUAUGGCUGGCGGGGCGGCUUCCUCAUCCUGGGAGGCCUGCUGCUCAACUGCUGCGUGUGUGCCGCACUCAUGAGGCCCCUGGUGGCCGUGGCCCAGCCGGGUGGGGGCUCGGGGCCGCAGCGACCCUCCCGGCACCUGCUGGACCUGAGCGUCUUCCGGGACCGAGGCUUUGUGCUGUACGCCGUGGCUGCCUCAGUCAUGGUGCUGGGGCUCUUCGUGCCGCCCGUGUUUGUGGUGAGCUACGCCAAGGACCUGGGUGUGCCCGACACCAAGGCGGCCUUCCUGCUCACCAUCCUGGGCUUCAUCGACAUCUUCGCGCGGCCGGCGGCGGGCUUUGUGGCGGGGCUCGGGAAGGUGCGGCCCUACUCCGUCUACCUCUUCAGCUUCUCCAUGUUCUUCAACGGCCUUGCGGACCUGGCGGGCUCCACGGCGGGUGACUAUGGUGGCCUGGUGGUCUUCUGCAUCUUCUUCGGCAUCUCUUACGGCAUGGUGGGGGCCCUGCAGUUCGAGGUGCUCAUGGCCAUUGUGGGCACCCACAAGUUUUCCAGCGCCAUUGGCCUGGUGCUGCUGAUGGAGGCGGUGGCCGUGCUCAUCGGCCCCCCGUCUGGAGGCAAGCUCCUGGACGCGACCCACGUCUACAAGUACGUGUUCCUCCUGGCGGGGGCCGAGGUGGUCACCUCCUCCCUGAUUUUGCUGCUGGGCAACUUCUUCUGCAUCAGGAAGAGGCCCAAGGAGCCACAGCCUGAGGCAGCGGCCGUGGAGGAGGAGAAUCUCCACAAGCCCCCCGCACAUGCGGGGGUGGACUCCAGGGAAGUGGAACAUUUUCUGAAGGCUGAGCCUGAGAAAAACGGGGAGGUGGUUCACACCCCAGAAACCAGUGUCUGAGUGGCUGGGAGGGGCCGGCAAGCACAGGGAGGAGGUACCGAGGCUGGCAACGCUUGCUAUUUAUUUUACAAACAGGACUGGCUCGGGCAGGGCCACGCUGGGCUCUGGCUGCCAGCUUAGCAGAUCGUCGCCUGAUCAGUGUUUUGCAGGGGGAGGUGGCGGGGCAGGAACUGUGUCAUUCCAGAGUGGAUCUGCGGUGAAGCCAAGCCUCGAGGUUACAAGGCAUCCACAACAGGGGCCCCGCCUGCUGGUCCCAAAUGGCCUGCGGCCACUAUUGUGCUCAAGGACCUAGAAACCCAUGCCGCAAGAUGAGAUGACUUUAGUCCAAGGGUGGGCUGCGGACAGGCUGGUGGGGCAGGUGCUGUGUGGGGCCCUCUCCAGCCCAUCCUACCCUGGGUUCUUACGUGCGGCCUGCACCCACCCCUCGGUGUCUUUGGGGAUGGCUUCUGCCACCCCUGGAAGGUGGAAAUAAACCUGUGUGUGGGUGGAGUGUCAGGA